GCGGGCAGAGGACGCUGGCUACCCUGGACAGUGCAUCGGCCGCCGGGGUCGCUGCGCCGCCGCCGCGGAUCAUGGAGCUUCUAAAGUCCUUUGAUGAUGAAAUCAAUGCUUUUUUGGUCAAUAUGUUUGGACCUCGAGAUUCUCGAGUCAGAGGAUGGUUCAUGUUGGACUCUUACCUCCCUACAUUCUCUCUUACUGUCAUGUAUCUGCUUUCAAUAUGGCUGGGUAACAAAUGCAUGAAGAACAGGCCUGCUCUCUCCCUGAGGAACAUCCUCACCUUGUACAACCUCGGCAUCACACUUCUCUCCAUGUACAUGCUGGCGGAGCUUAUUCUCUCCAGUUGGGAAGGAGGCUACAACCUGCAGUGUCAGGAUCUCGCCAGUGCAGGGGAAGCCGAUGUCCGGGUAGCCAAGGUGUUGUGGUGGUACUACUUCUCCAAAUUAAUAGAGUUCCUGGACACGAUUUUCUUUGUUUUGCGGAAAAAAACCAGUCAGAUUACUUUUCUUCAUGUAUAUCAUCAUGCCUCUAUGUUUAACAUCUGGUGGUGUGUUUUGAACUGGAUACCUUGUGGGCAAAGUUUCUUUGGACCCACUCUGAACAGUUUUAUCCACAUUCUUAUGUAUUCCUACUACGGGCUGUCUGUGUUUCCGUCGAUGCACAAGUAUCUGUGGUGGAAGAAAUACCUCACCCAGGCUCAACUGGUGCAGUUCGUGCUCACCAUCACCCACACCAUGAGUGCUGUCGUGAAACCCUGUGGCUUCCCCUUCGGGUGUCUGAUCUUCCAAUCUUCUUACAUGCUUACAUUAGUCAUCCUGUUCUUAAAUUUUUAUUUCCAGACAUACCGAAAAAAGCCAAUGAAGAUAGAGACGGAAGAGUUACCAUCAGGGAAAGAAGUGAAGAAUGGAUUCUCCAAAGCCUACUUCACUGCAGCUAACGGAGUGAUGAACAAGAAGGCACAGUAAUAUCAGCAGCAGACACAGCAUAUAUAAUGGCCUAACAGAUCCGCUUGCUCUCAGGCAAGGACUGAAUUGAACGUUAUAUAUGCUUUAGCAUACACUAACUUCCUUUGCGUUCAUAAAUCAUUUGUACCCAGAAUGUAUUAAUAUCUUGCUAUGAGGUUAAUCUGUUAAUUGAGUGCUUCUGUCAGCAUUGAGGUGAGCUCUGUAGCCCUCCCACUGGCGCCCCUUCUCUCCUCCCCCAGGCCUGCCCCUCAAAGGAGCUCUUCGCUGCCUCACACACAGCCAGAGAGCAGGGCACUGUUUGUCACAGCAGGUCUUCAAAUAAAAAGUUAACAGUUUGUUCUCAUGAAAAUGUUUAAAAGAAAAUGUUAGUUCUCUCCCAGAUACAGGGUGUGUUCUAAUCUACAUGAAGCAAUAAUUGUCAGUGCAUAAAGGAAUUAGUCCCUCUGUUCCUUUAGGGGUCAACCCCAGAAGAUAUUAAAAGAGGAUUAUAAAUGGAAAAUCUAACAAAACUUUUAAGCUGUGUCUGUCAGAUUCCCACAGCCACUCCUAACUUUCAACAUAGUGAUGUGGUAAUGAAACUUGAGGAAAAAAUCCUCUGCCAAAUCCUCAUAGCUCAGGGGCUUUGAAUAGUUGUUCCUCAGUUUUAAUUUGGUUUCCUUGACUAUUCGUGUCUACCUCUCAUGUUAAGUUGCCUCGGUUGGGAUAUAGACAGACACAGUGCUCAUGUUCAAGAGCAGGAGCUAAACCCUGGCUGCCUGCUGCUUUCUGAGCAAGGACUCAGGUCCAGUCUGCCCUUUUCUUAGUAGGAUAUGCCACUGGGGACAUACAUACAUCAGAAACUCAGAGCUUUUGGGGGGGAAGAGACA